AAUAAUGUCCGAGCCUGUCUAUUUUUCCAAAUAUCAUGUGGUGCGACCAUCAAGAAAUGACCAUUUUGGGACUUUUAUUUUAAAUCCAAGUGAAAGACAUGAAGUUGCAUCAUUCAUCAAUAGGCAAAGGACACAUGGAAUCAACAGGCAGAUGCCACUGUCCAGCAAAAUAAAGACUGCCCGCCAUAGGGAGCAGGUCAACUCUGACCCAGCAGUAUUAGACCUCACCCCGCCAUCUAUGGAGAGCAUUCCACCAGCUCUCCUUAAUGUAGCUGUAGCUCCCAACCCAUCCGGAAAUGUGAAUCUAGUGGACCCAAUAUUGAAUGACGAUUUUAGUCCACCAGUGGUGUCCACACCAGUGAGAGAUGAGAGAAGGGAUAAGUCAGGCCAGAAACUUUGCAAAAAAUUGCGGCGGGAGAAGAUAAUGCUUAAAAAGCAAGUCUUGCAUCUCAGGAAAAAGCUGAUGGAAAUGCAAAAAAUGAAAAAUAAAAUAAAAAGUAGAAAGCGUGAGAUGAGAAUGAUGGAAAUGCAAAGGAAAGUGAGAAGUGGAAAGGUCAAACAAAAGGGUCAGAAGAGACUGUCAGCUGAGAGAAAGCAAGCUGUUAUACAGUUUUUGUUGAGAGAUGAAAACAGUUGCCUUCUACCUGGGAAAAAAGACACAAUCACGAAAAAUAAACAAAGAGUACAAAGAAGAGUCCUGACAAAGCCUCUCAAAGAGCUUCACACACAGUAUCAAACAGAGGUAGAACAGCACCUGUCCAUGUCUUACAGACAGUUUACCCAACACAGGCCCUUUUACAUUACAGAGCCAAAGUUACGGGACCGAGAUACAUGUGCAUGUUCAGAACAUGAGAACAUCCGACUGUUGGCGAACAAACUAGCGAAGACAGGGCUGCUGAAGACAACCAGUGCCUCGGAGUUAGUGGAAAUGAUUGUGUGUGACCCCAAAAACAAAGCAUGUAUGGAUCGUGUGUGUCCCGAAUGCUGCUUUGAUGAAAUCGUCUUCCCGGAGACAGACAACUGUGAGACUACAUCCUGGGAACAAUGGGAGCGGGUGACAUCAACUAAUGGAGACAAAAACUUUGCACAUGUUGUAGACUUGUUGUGCACUGUUGUGAAUGAGAAAAAGUGAAAACUGAAAUGACAAUGUUGUGAAA